AGGCGCGGUGACGCGCUGGGCGGCGGGGCCGGUCGCGGGCGCGCGCGCGGCCUGCGGGACAGAUUGGGGGAGGGAGUCGGGUUGCCGCUGAGUUCCGCCAUAUUAGCGACCGCGGAGGCUGGGGGAUUCCCGGGAGCGGCGGCGGCGGGGCCUGGCGCAGCGGCGGGGCCUGGAACGGGUGCGGCGAGUUCCUGGGACCGGCGGGAACCGGCGGGAGCCGGCUGGCUACCGGAGCGAGGCAGGCUACCCUCAGCUGCGGGCCCCGCCCCGCCCGCCAUGGACCAGGACUAUGAGCGAAGGCUCCUGCGACAGAUCAUCAUCCAAAAUGAGAACACAGUGCCAUGUGUCUCAGAGAUGCGGAGAACCCUGACACCAGCCAACUCCCCAGUGUCCUCGCCCAGCAAGCACGGUGACCGCUUCAUCCCCUCCAGGGCUGGGGCCAACUGGAGUGUGAACUUCCACAGAAUCAAUGAAAAUGAGAAGUCCCCCAGCCAGAACCGCAAAGCCAAGGAUGCCACCUCUGACAAUGGCAAAGAUGGCCUGGCUUACUCCGCACUAUUGAAGAAUGAGCUGCUGGGCGCUGGCAUUGAGAAGGUACAGGACCCACAGACAGAGGAUCGGCGGCUGCAGCCGUCCACACCAGAGCACAAGGGUCUCUUUACGUAUUCUCUCAGCAGCAAGCGUUCAAGUCCAGAUGAUGGCAAUGAUGUGUCCCCGUAUUCUUUGUCCCCUGUUAGCAACAAAAGUCAGAAGCUGCUGCGGUCACCACGGAAGCCCACUCGGAAGAUCUCCAAGAUUCCCUUCAAGGUGCUGGACGCACCAGAGCUUCAGGACGACUUCUACCUCAACCUGGUGGACUGGUCCUCCCUCAAUGUGCUCAGUGUGGGGCUGGGCACCUGCGUGUACCUGUGGAGUGCAUGCACCAGCCAGGUGACCCGGCUCUGUGACCUCUCUGUAGAAGGGGACUCAGUGACUUCUGUGGGCUGGUCUGAGCGGGGGAACCUCGUCGCAGUAGGCACACACAAGGGCUUCGUGCAGAUUUGGGAUGCUGCUGCUGGGAAGAAGCUGUCCAUGUUGGAGGGCCACACCGCACGUGUGGGGGCGCUGGCCUGGAAUGCUGACCAGUUGUCAUCUGGUAGCCGUGACCGCAUGAUCCUACAACGGGAUAUCCGCACACCACCCCUGCAGUCAGAGCGGCGGCUACAGGGUCACCGGCAGGAAGUGUGUGGCCUAAAGUGGUCCACAGACCACCAGUUACUUGCCUCGGGAGGCAAUGACAACAAGCUGCUCGUGUGGAACCACUCAAGUCUAAGCCCUGUGCAGCAGUACACGGAGCACCUGGCAGCUGUGAAAGCUAUUGCCUGGUCCCCACACCAGCAUGGACUGCUGGCAUCCGGUGGUGGCACGGCUGACCGCUGUAUCAGGUUCUGGAACACUCUGACAGGCCAGCCACUGCAGUGCAUUGACACAGGCUCACAAGUGUGCAACCUGGCCUGGUCCAAACACGCCAAUGAGCUGGUGAGCACACAUGGCUACUCACAGAACCAGAUCCUCGUGUGGAAGUACCCAUCCCUUACGCAGGUGGCCAAGCUCACAGGCCACUCGUAUCGUGUCCUCUACCUGGCCAUGUCUCCUGAUGGGGAGGCCAUCGUCACCGGAGCUGGAGAUGAGACCCUGCGGUUCUGGAACGUCUUUAGCAAAACACGCUCUACAAAGGAAUCUGUGUCUGUGCUCAACCUCUUCACUCGGAUCCGAUAGACCCCGCAGGCGGGAUGUGAAGCCCCACAGGCAGAGAUGGAGUAACCAGCAUGCAUGGACCCUGCUGUGCCUGCCUUCCCAGAGGCAUCUGGCAGGCGGGAGCCAGAGACCCCAGAGUCUCAUUAAAUGCCUCAUUGUGAGCUGUGGAGCCAGUGUCUGGGGACACGGGGACACGGCGGGGACACUUGCCACCUAUUACCACUGCCCAAGCCAUAUUGGACACAGCUGAACAGGAGGCUGAGAUCCCGUCAAACCCCAAACCCAGUGUUACCUUGGGACCUGGGGACCAGAGCCAUUGUGCUCCUCCCUGCAGCUACCCAGCGUCAACCAAGCCAGAACAUCACGUCCUGGGAGGCGCUGGCAGGGACCUGUGCCUCUUGCCCUGUGGUGACUCUCAAUUGCAUUGUCACCCUGUGUCUGUGUGUGCGCCUUCUGUAACCCUUCCGUGGGUGUCAGCUUGCCCUGUCUCUAGCCAGCUGCCUUGUCUGCCUUGUUGUCUGCCUCUUCCUGGCCUCCUCUAAGCUUCCUGGGCCUCCCUGUCUUCAGACCCCAUUUCUACUGCCCCUCCUCACCUGGGAAUCCCCAGUAUGGUGGCAGUGGCCUAUGGUGUGUGCACGUGUGUAUAUAUGUAUUUGUGACACCUUGGGGUCUGUCUCCUGUGUUUUGUUGACUUGUCCCAAGAAUGCUGAUGGCUGGAGAAGCCACUGGGACACAGGUCACUAUGGGGUUGGCUGCCUGCAGGCCUUAGGGAGUCAUAGCCUCCUGUUGGAUUCUUAAUUGAAGCCCCAGCUAGUGGGUUCUGCAUUUACCAGUUCAAGGUCCAGGGCCAUCCGCUACUGUUCACAAGCUAUAUCCCAAAACAAAAUGCCCAAGUGGGGACCUCAAGAUGUGCACUGGUGCCACAUGCCCUUGUGACCUCUGGCUAGUGGGAACCCUGCUGGGCACACACUGUACAUGCAGGGGAUAUAGAUGCAGCCUGCCUUCUGAUUCCUGUACCAGCCCUGGACAGAGCAGCCAGCUGUGACUGUCAGGGUCAUGAAGGGUGAGGGCUUGCGUGUGGGUCAGGGUUGGGCUGGACACAAUUGAGCUACACUCAGGUGAGUCAGAGGGGAGGGAGGGGGUCAGGACUGCAGGCAGGGAGGGGCUGUUGCUCAGGCUCCCACCCAACAGCAGUGUCCUGGGUAAGCUGGCCCAGACCCUGACCCCACAAGCCUGACUGGAGCAGAACAAGCUUGGCAUAUUGGUGACCAGAGAGGGGGAAGUGAUAUCUGCUGAGGAAACAGGAACCUAAGUGGAGUACCGCCUGUACAGACCGUAAAGGGUUGACUAAGCUUUGAGAUUGGUUGUGUUGCCUUUAUUGUCAUGACAUACACAGGAUGCACUAACAGAAUGAGCAGACCCAGGGCUCUGCAUCAAUGAUUCCAGAGCAUUCUCACCAACCAAAGACCCUGGGUAUCCACUUCCUGUCACGGAGCCCAUACUUUGUGGUCCUUGUCUCUGGGUCCCUUUGCUGAGCACCUUGGCCGCCCAAGAGCCCUUCCUUGGACAUGGGGGGGGGGGCAGGCUCCAGAAGAUAAUGACCUCCUGCUGUGGGACAGGGAGGGAAUACUCUGGUCUCAGCCCCACACCAGGAAGUAAGCUGAGGUCACGGGCUGGCUGCCCACUUCCCUGUUGCUGGGAUACCUUUGUCCCUGUCAACAAUGGCUCCAGGGCCUUGGUGAUUAGAGCCUCUGGGAAGGUAGGGCCAGACAUGGAAAACUUGAGGCGGGAGGCUAAUCGGCCCUCUGUUCCCUCAGGCACUCUUGAACUCUACUUCCCUGACCAUCUCUACCGCAAUGACUACUUGUCCCUGGAGGGGCCCCGUUGGGCGCCGGCCACCAAGCAAGCCGUGCGCUGGAAAUUCACACCCAUGGGACGGGACGCGGCCGGCCAGGUUUGGUUCACCGGCCUAACCAACUCGAACCCAUGCGAUGCCUGGUACAUGCUGCCCCGCGCACUCUUCACUCCGUACCGCGAGGCCCACACGCGGUGGAACGGCUGCUUCCAGAGUCGCCAGCGUGGGUUGCCACCCGGUGAGUAUCCCACCCCCGGUCGUGCACAACCGCGGGUCUCACGCUGACCCCCCUCCCUUCCGCGCCUCCCCGCAGCCUACACACAGCACUUGCGGGAGAUGGCCUUCUGGGACCCCGCGAUACCCGCGCAGUACCUCAACCCGGGCACGCGCUGGGGGUGUCUGCAGUGGAGGGACAGGCAAAUCCGCGGCAAGGAGUUUGUGGUCACCAGGAACCAGUUCGGGGCAGAGCUGCCCCGGCGGUCGGACUAUGUACCGCACCUGUCACCGCCACAGCGGCCGCGCUUCACCGCGCAGGACUUCAGACAGCGGGGCCUGGAGAGGCCUUGCCCGGCCACCGGCCAGCCGCCCCCGGCUUUCACACCCACGCUCUGAUAAAGCUGUGCUA